AUGAAGGAUGAAAUUGCUGCCACGGUUUUCUUCAUCACCAAGCUGGUGAGGAGGGAGGAGAGGCUGAGCAAGCACAAGGUGGAGAAGUUUGCAGCCAAGCUGACCACCAUCCUGUUUGAAAAGUACAAAAAUCACUGGUACCCAGAGAACCCCUCUCGAGGCCAGGCCUUCAGGUGCAUCAGGAUCAACAAGCACCAGGCCCGGGAUCCCCUGCUGGAGCAGGCGUGUGUCCAGAGCCACCUGGACUUCAGCCUGCUGGGCUUGCCCAAGGAGAUGACGCUGUGGGUGGAUCCCUUCCAGGUGUGCUGCAGGUACGGGGAGAGGAGCCGGCCCUUCACCGUGGCACGCUUCGAUGGGCAGGAGAACCCCGAGCUGCCCCAGCAGAUCAGCCUGGCUGUGGGCAGGGCAGCCUUGGACUAUCACUCCAGCACCUCCUCAGAUGAGGAGAGCUUCAGCAAGGAGCCCAGAGCCAUCCCCACCGUCAGCAACCCCAACAGCAUCUACCAGUUUGACUUCUGCAAGGCUCCCCCCCAGCCCUGGUGGCCAUACCUGCACAGGAAGCCCCACCUGGCCGAGGGCUCCCACUUUGGGCAGCACAGGGGCCACAGGAGCUACAGGCCCACGGCCACUUUCGCUGGCCCACGCGUGGACAGGUACCACUGGAUCAACACCAAGAGGUAGAGCCAGGGCUCCUCUGGCAUUUUGGAGCCCUGCUUUUGUGAGGGGCUGAAGGCUGGCACUGCAAAACCUCAUAAAAACAGCACUUCUUGUCUAAUCCCCGCCUCCGACUCUCUAUUUGUGAAUUUUUUUUUU